UCAUUUCACUUAAUCACAGAGUAUCCAUAACCUCGACGUCUCCCUGCUUCUCUACUAACAUAUUAUCUCUUAUCUGCUCUCUAUCAUGGAGUUCUGGUUCAUAAUUCUCUCCCUCUGCAUCUGCUUUGCUCUCAAAUUGCUUCUCAAUCUCAUCCUAGACAAGAAAUACAACAAAAGAGAACACAAACUCAAACUCCCACUCCCACUCCCACCAGGACCCUUUACUUUUCCCAUCAUAGGAAACUUGUUUUGGCUGAGUAAAUCCUUCUUAGAUCUUGAAGCUAUCCUCAGAGAUCUGCAUGCUAAGUACGGCCCAAUUGUUACUCUUCAUAUUGGUUCCCAAAGAGUCAUCUUCAUAAGAACACAUACUCUUGCCCAUGAAGCCCUCGUCAAGAAUGGAGCUAUCUUUGCUAGUCGACCUCCGGUCAUCGGCCUCAUCCGCCUCAUACAUCGAUUUGACAUCAAUUCAUUGGAAUAUGGCCCCGUCUGGCGGCUUCUCCGCCGCAAUCUUACAACUGAGGUGCUCCACCCUUCUCGUUUAAAGUCUUAUGCUCAUGCCCGGAAAUGGGUAUUGCAGGUACUAACCAAGAAGCUCAAAGUUGAAUCACAAUCCGGAAAGGCUGCACCCGUGAUGAAUCACAUCCAAUAUGCAAUGUUUUCCCUACUAGGGUUCAUGUGUUUUGGUAAAAAACUUGAUGAGAAGGAGAUUAGAGAGAUCGAAGCUGUCCAAACCACCCUCUUAGUAAAUUUCAGUAGGUUUGCAGUUCUCAAUUUCUUGCCAUGGUUUGCGAGGAUUUUCUUCCAAAAGCUAUUGAAAGAACUCCAAGAGAUCCUACGUAAGCAGGAAAAUCUCUUCAUCCCUCUCAUCAGAGCUCGUAAUUUAAAGCUAGAGGAAGAUUUUGUCAUCUCAUAUGUUGAUACAUUGCUCGAUCUCAAGCUCCCAGAUGAUGGAAGAAAGCUCAGUGAAGCUGAAAUGGUGAGUUUAUGUUCAGAGUUUCUUAUCACAAGCACAGACACAACAUCCACUGCAUUGCAAUGGAUAUUGGCCAAUUUAGUGAAGCAACAACAUAUACAAUCAAAGUUGGCUGCAGAAAUUGAGGGAAUAGUGAAGCCCGGAGAGGAGAUAGUUGAAGAGGAUUUGCAGAAGAUGCCGUAUCUGAAGGCGGUGGUGCUUGAGGGCCUACGGCGGCACCCGCCGGCACAUUUCUUGCUACCACAUGUAGUCACAGAGGAUACAACAUUGAAUGGUUAUCUCAUACCCAAGAAUGCUACUAGCGUGAAUGUCACAGUAGCAGAGAUUGGUUGGGACCCAUAUGCUUGGGAGGAUCCAAUGGAGUUCAGGCCAGAGAGGUUUUUGAGUAGUGAGGAAGGGCAGGAGGUGAUUGAUAUAACAGCGAGGAAGGAGAUUAAAAUGAUUCCAUUUGGUGCAGGGAGAAGGAUUUGCCCUGCUCUUGGUUUGGCAUUGCUUCAUUUGGAGUAUUUUUUGGCCAAUUUGGUGAGGGACUUCGAAUGGAAGGCUACGGAUGGAGAUGAUAUUGAUUUAUCAGAGAAGCAAGAUUUCACUUGUGUGAUGAAGAAUCCACUCCAUGCCCUUAUCCAUUCAAGGAUGAUGUAGGUUUACCUUAAUCUGAUCAUAUUGCUUUAAUAA